AUGCCCUCUACCCAACCCAUAAUUUUUGUUACCGGCACAGACACGGACGUAGGAAAGACAUUUGUUUCGGGUUUGCUCGUCCAAAAAUGGCACGCCAAUUACUGGAAACCCAUACAAACCGGACUGGAAUCAGACAAAGGUGAUUCAUGGACAGUGUCACGUUUCUGUUCCACCCACAAAACUUCGAGCUGGAAUCCAACAAUAUUCAAACCAACGGUCGAACUGAAUAAACCACUUUGCCCAUUGGAUGCUGUUAAAUGCGAUGCUAACAGCAAGCAAAUCAGCUUGAAAGAUUUUAUUUUACCAGAUGACACUGCUGCUGCGCCAUUGGUAAUUGAAGGUGCAGGUGGGAUAUUUGUUCCAUUGAAUGACAAACUUGAAAUCACAUCAGAUUUGAUUGAGAGAAUCAAGGAGCAGACCAACAGAACUGUUUAUAUUGUUGUGGUUGCAAGAAGUGGUCUGGGAACUCUUAAUCACACUCUUCUAACGUAUGGCCAUUUACAAACUAGGGGACUAAAGCAGAAUGUCCUUGGGUGCAUUCUUAAUGGACAGCAAGACCCGUUGAAUAAACAAACACUUGAAUUAUUUGGUGUAACGGUUAUGGCUGAAAUUCCUAUUUUAGAUACAGAAUCCCAACUAAGUUCUACUCUUGAUCGAAUUCCGCCACUUGAAAGAAUUGUCGAUGAAUCAUAA